ACUGUCCGGUGAUCUUGAUUUUAAUACUGUGACACCAGAUCGCGAGCUUGUUUUAUUAGGGUUUGACAAGUUUGCUUGUUUUGGAUUUUGUGAGGCCAAGUGCCAUACUGUAGUAGCUGAAUAUGUCGUGUGUUUUGACAAAUGUUGGAUGUUUCUAUGAUAUUACUGCUGUUCAGAGAUACUUGUUCCCAAAUUGGAAGAAGGGUGAAGGAGGAAAUGAGACAGGAACCGAUGGAUGGGAGGAUGCAGAUUGGUCGUGGUCAGGAGAAGAAAGUAACAGUGUGAGUCUAAAUGUCAAAACUACAGUAAAUGCUGUUGCUUUUCAGAAAGAAGGAAGUGAGGUGGAAGCAGGUCCUCCAGAUCAAGAUGCAUGGAUGCAGGAAUGCUCUAUAGCUCUAUCACCUACCAGCGAGCUCAUGGUCAUUGCCUUUGAACAGAAAGCUGUCUUCUUGCAACAAAAGUGGGAUCCAGAGGCGAAGGAUGGCGUUGAGAGUAAAUAUCACAUUGUUUUCAAAGGAAUGUUGAAUCAGGAAGAAGGGGAGUGCAUCACGUGUGCAGUAUGUGUCCCUCUUGCCUCACAGAAGAGAUCGUCCCAUGGUGCUCCGGACUGGACGUGUGUAGUUCUAGGCUUCACCUCGGGCUAUGUUAGAAUGUACACAGAGACUGGUUCCCUGCUCCUUUCUCAACUCCUCCAUGAAGACCCUGUCCUGAAACUGAAAGGUAGAACGUAUGAGAUGCCACGCCAUGCCGGAGUAGCUGAGCAGCAAGAAGAGCUUACCAUUCUCUAUCCUACAGCAUUGGUGACAGUGGAUGGCUUCAGUCUGUUCCAGUCUCUUAGAGCAUGUCGGAAUCAGCUGGCUAAAGCUGCUGCCAGUGGAAGUGACAACAUACAACCACCACCACUUGUCUACAAGAAAUGGGGCUUACAGCAACAAGAUGCCAUAGUGGACCACAUUAGCACAGGUGUUGUGACCAGUUGUUCCUUUGACCAGCUCCACGCAGCCUCAACCCUAGGUGGCUAUGCUGCAUCCAUUAAGACCUCUCCCCCGGUCUGUCACAAGUAUAUCACAACAGGUGCCGGACCUUUCCUAGGAUUCUUCUUUGCUCUAGAGGGAAGUGCUCAACCUCUUUUCUCUGAUGUGGCAUUAGCUGUUGCUAGCAAGCUCAAGUCAGCCAUAUUCUCUGCUGCAAGUGGUUGGUUUGGAUUUGGUGGAAACAAGCAGAAUACAGACACGCAAGCCCCUAGCAAGACGAAACCUAGAAUUGAACCUGCAAUAUCACUUCCAAUAAGAUUUGGAUUACCGGAUGUCCGUCGCCAUGGUGAUAGCAUUGUAUUAGCUCCUGGUAUGAGGUUAGCAGUUAGCACUGAUAGCUUUGGCAGGGUGUCUCUGAUUGAUGUCAGCCGAGGAGUAGCAGUACGCAUGUGGAAAGGAUACCGCGAUGCGCAGUGCGGUUGGAUCCAGGUCGUAGAGGAUAUCCACAGAGAGCGUUCCUCAGACCAUGGCAGUAAGAAGCCCAGGGUCAGUGCAGGCAGCAAGCAUGGACCCAGAGUGGCUCUCUUCCUGGUGAUCUACGCACCCAGGAGAGGCAUCAUAGAGGUAUGGAACACGCAGCAGGGUCCACGCGUAGCGGCUUUCAAUGUUCCAAAGUCAUGCAGACUCCUAUACCCAGGAUACGGAGUGAUGGGUCUGAACAGCCUGUCCGUUCAAGAUUCCCGGACCAGACCUCACAUGCUACAGUGCUGUCUCCUAGAGCCUAGUGGCCUGGUACGGACCUUCAAUGUUCCGUUCCAUCUUGCUCUGAGUGACAAGAACAGUAAGAGGGCCCAUGAUCUUCACCUCAUCAAGAAGCUAUCGAGUCUCCUACAUCACCGGAGGUCUCUCAAAGAACCUAUUGUGGAACCGAUCAGUAAAAUCCUGCAAGACCUGAAACUGACUGCAUAUAAACAACAGGCCCUUGAUAAAGCCUUGUCAGCGAAGGGCAUGUCCUCAGAAGAACUCUUCCACAUCAUCAGGGUGCUCAUCAACCAGCUCGGCGGCCAGGAUCCCAGCUGCAUGGACUACGAGAGCCGACGUCUCCUGCAGUACUGCGGGUGCCAGGUCAAGCUCAUCGAGGCCUACAUCAAGAUACAAGGCCUGCAGAGGAAAGCUGGGAAGAGGGAACAAGGAGAGGAGAGGACGGAGGGGGAGGAAGUGGAUGGGAGCGAGACAGGAGGAGGGGCAGUAGAGGGGAAAGGAGAAGGUGGUGUUGGCCCAACUCCUAGAAUCACAGCAGAGGAUCUUGCUUCAAAAUUGAAACAAGAUUUGACCUCUUUUGAGUCUCUUCUGGAUGACAUUACUUCCUACCUGUCCUCUUCUGGCCAAGCGAGGGUGCACUUUGAAUCGGACUACAGCAUGGAUCCUGCUACAUUCCUGAGCUGCUUCAGGACCGUGGUGCAAAGAGCGAACAAGGAAGGAAAGGGGGAAGGAACUGUAAAAGAAGAUGAAACGGAGGAGAAGCAGGAAGAGAAUGCAGAGGAAGAAGUUCCAGCAGCUGCUGAGGAAAUCAAGAUGAAAGUCGCCUUCAAGGAGAAUCUGGCAGAAGAGAAACGUUUGACAUUAGGUAUGUACCUGUUCAAGCCAUGUUUAGUAGACAGCUGCUCCUCUCUGGAGCUAUGUGAAGUGAUCAGAGAUGCAGAGAUAGGCUCACAUGACACCAUUAUGCUUCUUCUCCAAGUCUGGCUUCACAAUGAGAAUGAAUUCCUCAAAGACGCCAUCACCACGACGACCAACCUCCACUCCCUGAUGACAGAGGUGUCUUCUCCUACCAUGCCCUUCUCUCCUCGCCCCCUGGGUGGGAUCAACAUACCCCCAAGGGAGAUGGAGAUCAUCCAUGGGCUGCUCUAUGAGACAUGCCAUGUGGGUGGGGCCGAGGUGGCAGGCAUGGUGGUCAGAAGUCUGGUCAGGGAUAUGGAUAGACAGAAAGUGGACCAUUCCAAAGGUUUACAGGACAGUGAUGAGAUGGACGUAGACGGAGAUUAUGUGACCACGCCCAGCUCGGAUUUGUCACCUGAUUGGGUUGAUGUGAGCAUGUGGGAUGUCCUCAUUGAACAGCUCCGAGAUCUUAUGGUGCUUCAGAGACUCCUACAGAUCAAGCUUAACAAGGCGACAUCAAGCCAACUUCAAAGUGACUACUCUCGUGGCUGGUCACCAGAGGGCUCCCUUCCACCAGUUGACGUCACUGUGCCUGAUAUUUCAGUCAAGCAUGUUAUGGAGGGUGGCAAAGGAAUCUUUGCGGAGAUGGUUGCCCGAUGGGUAGCUCACUAUCACAUUCCACCAGGCUUCCUGUCUAAGCAUUCAGUCAGUAGUCAUCUGCUAAACCUUAGCAGAGAGUCCAGCCGUGUUGAAGACAUGGAGGAUGAACAGGAUCAGGAGGGAACGGCAGCAAUAGAAAAAUUACAGGAAAGCCUGCACACGUUGUGUGCUCGCUUCCCGCACAGCUUAGAUCAUGAUGUGGUACAGGCUCAUUGCACGUGGGAGUAUGUGGUACAAUGGAACAAAAAUCCAGAGAUAACUGGAUUCCUGGGAUGUGCACUGCAUCAUUUAAGAUCAAUUAGAAAUCCAGUCCUUCAACAUGGUGUAUCUAGUAUGAUGUGGCAUACUUUCAUGGUCAAGAAAGUUUCUGCAAUGGCAUUCCUCAUGGACAAAGUAGGGAAAGCCCCCAAAGACAGACUGUGUAGAAGGGAUGUUGGCCUGAGUGAGACAGCAAUAGCUAAAUACCUUGGUUUUGCUGCAGAUCUUCUUGACUGUAUAUAUCAGGUUGAGCCGGAAUCCUCACUGACUCCCAUCUUUGAUGUAGAAGACCUGUGGCAGCAUAUUCAAGGCCCCGCCCCCUUGGUAGAGCUUGCUGUCAAUCAAACCCUUCCUAAUCACUCAUUGGUCGAUGUCCACAAGCAGUUGUGCAUCAUCAUGCAUGCUGUCAUGACGUUCAGUAUGAAAUCAGUGAAGGUGUUACAGUUGUUUGAUUACAAAACCAAGAAUGCUUUUUUCAAAGCCCUUGGAACAACUUUCAUGCCCUCAUCUAGCGAGAUUGACUAUGGACUAAUAAAAUUAAGACAACAGUUCUUAUCACGUCUUGUGACUGCAGCCGCCUUAACCCUGCCAGCCAACCACCAAUCAGAACCAGAUACUUCCAGGAGAAGCACCUCUGAUAGGAGAGACAGCACUGUCUCCUCUGAUAGGAGAGGCAGCACUGUCUCCUCUGAUGAGGGGGGUAGUAUCGCCCCCCUAGAGAACCCCAAGAAGCUCCCUAAGACUCAUCUGGCCUAUAUAUGGUCUAAUGUAGCCCAGCAGCUAGCGUUGGCGUUGCGGGUCGACAAUGAUUAUGUGAAAAGGCAGUUUGUGUGUGAGCUGUAUAAUAGUGGUUAUGAUGCUGUAGCCCAGGAGCUGGUCGUGACUGUAGCAGAGCAAACAGAGAUGGCAGUACAACUAAUCCACAUCGUAGGUCAAAGGUUAGCUCAGGAACUGAUUAUAGGAGCCGACUCGGUGACUGUAGAAAGGCAAUCGAGACUACCACCAUCUCUAAUCACAUGGCUCAAAUCUUUGUCUGGAGAGAGUCUGCGAUGUCCCCACCCGCCUAUCUCUGACACUGCCCACCUUGCUGGCCAAGCGGUAGGUCUACUGCCUGAUACACACAACCAGUUUGCACUAGCAUUACAACUCAUUGAAGCUGUUGGGUCAUUGACUUGAAUAGAGCUUAGUGAGGACAUCCAAUAUUCACACAACCAGUAGGGUCAUUGACUUUAAUAGAGCGUAGUGAGGACAUCUGAGCCACAUACAACCAGUAUGCACUAGCAUUACAACUCAUUGAAGCUGUUGGGUCAUUGACUUAAAUAGAGCUUAGUGAGGACAUCCAAUAUUCACACAACAAGUAGGGUCAUUGACUUUAAUAGAGCGUAGUGAGGACAUCUGAGCCACACACAACCAGUUUGCACUAGCAUUACAACUCAUUGAAGCUGUUGGGUCAUUGACUUAAAUAGAGCUUAGUGAGGACAUCCAAUAUUCACACAACCAGUAGGGUCAUUGACUUUAAUAGAGCGUAGUGAGGACAUCCGAGCCACAUACAACCAGUAUGCACUAGCAUUACAACUCAUUGAAGCUGUUGGGUCAUUGACUUAAAUAGAGCUUAGUGAGGACAUCCAAUAUUCACACAACCAGUAGGGUCAUUGACUUUAAUAGAGCAUAGUGAGGACAUCUGAGACACAUACAACCAGUAUGUACUAGUAUUACAACUCAUUGAAGCUAGAGGCUCAUUGACUUGAACAGAGCUUAGCGAGGACAUCAGAGAUACACACAGCCAGUAAGAUCAUUGACUUAUUGAGGACAUCCAAUAUCCACACAGCCAGUAGGAUCAUCGACUUGAACAGAGCCUAGCGAGGACAUCAGAGAUACACACAACCAGUAAGAUCAUUGACUUAAUGAGGACAUCCAAUAUUCACACAGCCAGUAGGAUAAUCGACUUGAACAGAGCUUCGUGAGGACAUCCAAGAUACACACAGCCAGUAUGCACUAUCAUUACAACUCAUUGAAGCUGUAGGAUUAUUAACUAAAAAGAUGCUUAGUGAGGACAUCUGAGACACAACCAAUAGGAUUGACUGUAUAUUUAUCUUGCUUAAUCAGUUUAGAAAUAUAAUGGAAUCAUAUCAUCUUCAUAAUAUCUGCUGUGUGUUUUGGAAAGAAAUAAAAACUGUGCAAUAUUAUAAAUGUAGCUUUUCAUUCAUUUUCUAGUUUAAGCUAUAGAUGGAGUCAGGGCCUCUUUCUCAAAUUUAAGUGAAACACAAUGGGAUGCAUGACUUGAUAUAUGCCCUAUUUUAAUUAGCUGAAAAUCAACUAGAUUGUGAUUUCCCUGCUAAGAGGGUUACCAUCAUGCUUUCAUAUGCUACAGGGCUCAAAAUAGGCAUGUGAUAAUUCAUUCAUUUGACAGUCUAAAAUUUAUCAUGUAGAAAUACAAUAUUUUUUUUUUCAUAGUAUAUAUAGCAAGAUGUAGCACCAGAAAUAGUGUUUCGCCUUUAAAACGUUGAUUUUAGAGAGAUGUGCUGAAAAAUAAACUGGAAAUUUGACUAUAUUGAGAGGUCUAAAUAUUCAUUACCAAUGUCAAUCUCAUAGAUCUUUUCUCCCUCAUAUAAAUGUUGUGAACCGUACAUAUGGAGUUGUAACAUAUUAUUAAUGAUGACUAAUAACAGUAUAUUUCAUUUCUGUAACUUUUUAUGGUAUAUGUUUCCGAGCACUUAUCAGAUAUUUGGUGCAGAAAGCUGGAUAUUAAAACAGAGUGACAUGAAAAAGAUAAGUCUUUCGAGCUGUUGGUCUGGCGAAGAAUUCUCGUGUACUGACAGCACAGAAACGUUGUUAGCACUAAAAUUCGUUAACAGAGGCUCUGUUUAAUGUUACAACAAUGCAUUACUUACACAUUUUGAUAAAUGUUAUGACUCUACAAGCCGAGAGAUGUGACUGGGCUUACUGUUAACACUCUGUUAGGCUAACAACGUUUCUGUGUGGCCGGCACAGGUCAGUUGCAGAGAAAGGAUAAACAAAUGCAUAGAUUUGGGAGAAAGAGUCACUGGAGGUGAAGGCCUGCUAAUGCAGCAGUAAUAGAGAAAAUUCUCCAAAAAUACAGUCAUUGGAAAAGACGAACAGCAUGGUCCAAAUGAUGGUGGAAGGACAGGUAGACGGGAAGACUAAGCCAGGCAGGAGGAUAGAUAAUACGAGGAAUUGGACAGUGGGUGGAAUGGUUAUGGCAAGAGAAAAUGCAUACAUGAGAAUGCUGAUGGUUCUUUGAGGACUAUGGCAAUGCAGUAGUAGUAGUUACAGAAAUUUACAGUGUAACAGAAUGUAGAGAAUUACAUUAUAUUCUUUCUUGGUCGCAUCAUAUAUUUAUUUUAUUGGCAGAGUAAAUUAUCUAUUGGUGUAGGAUACAAGUGUAAGUUGAUAAAAUAUUUAUUGUUUUUGAAGUAUUUGCAAAAGAAUUAAAUUCCGGAAUGAUUCUUAUUAAAAGUAAUAAUUAUUAGCUUAUGACUUAUGUUUACCUUGCCUUAGUAAGCUUUGUGCUUCCAUUAAGUUUGAUAUAUGGUAUUUGCAAUUUUGUAUUUUACACAAUGUAUUUGCUUUGUUUUACUUAAUUUCAAACUGUUUUUUUGUGCACUUGAUGAUUCUCAAUUUUGUUUUAAAUCGGAUCAUCAAUGGCAUGUGAAUUCAUCAGAAAAUUGAUUUCAGUAUACAUUUGGAUCUCCUUUAUCAUAGAAAGAGUGAGAGAGAAGAUUGAGAUAUUGUUAUUUCCUAAAAAAAAAAGAAGUAAAUAGUAAAUUUUGUAUGUAACUUCUGAAGGUUUCCAUGGUUUCAUGGUACACCAUGUAUCUUCAAGGGCAAUUUUUGGUCCUGAAAAGGACAACCCAAACCUGGCGUUUCGACAAGUGUGUUCUUGUCAAGUUCAGGAGGAAUUUUGUGUGAUUUGGCAGUAGCAGCCAGAAUUGCCGAAGGUUUUAAAUGUUUAGUUCCCACCAAGAAAAUAUCAGUGAUCAUCCUACAUCAAACCAGAACAAAUUGGAAAAGAGUACAGCAUCGAGCUGCAAAAAAAAAAAAAGGAUCUACUAUGAAGAACUAUAGCAAGGAUUGUAGUAUUGCAAAGAUGCUGCAUGAUUUAAAAUGAGAAACAUUGAAAGCUUGUAGGAGAAAGGCCACAUUGACAAACUUGUAACAUACAAUAUCAAUCUCCAGUCCAAGAUCCCAAAUGAAAAUGAAAAACAUGAAAAUCCAUAUUUUCAUUGUUCGAAAUGAAGUCUGAAAUAGAAACGCUUCAAAAGUUCUUUGCCCAGUUGAUUGUUGGCAUGGCAGCCAUUGUGCAGCGCCAGAUCGACAUAGCGCUAUCCCUUGAAUCGUUGAUCACCAAAGCUGACUUAAAGACGACAGAAAUUUCACCCAGUGUUAACUCGCGCAAUGCAAAAUUGGACCUUUUGGACCUUGAUCAUAUCGUCGCUAAAGCACACUUCAAAAUUUGGCCGAGUCUUGCUUGGCCCCAACCAAACGUAUGCGAUUACCAGGUGUUUGUACAUCAUGGACAGAUACAGAUACAUCACAUUUUUUUUUAAUGAAUUGUAUGCUGGAUAUUAUCUAACUGAAAUUAUGAUAAAAAUAAAAACUUUCUUUAUGAUUAAAGCACAUGACCAUUUGUAUCUGUAAUAGGAAAUGACAUUAGAAAGCAGCGAUGGAAGUGACAUUUGAAAAAAUCAGAUUCCCUUUGAUACAUAGUAGGCGUUUCAUAAAUUUGUCGUAAAUCUAGACUACGAACGACUGGAACAUGUUCUUAGGUGCUAAGUCAGCUCCAUAUGGAUGUAUCCUUUAGCACAAGAAAUGGUCACCAGUCAUUUGUAACUUGUUGAUCUGACUAAGGCAUUUAAGCGAAACUCUAAGUCAUACUUCAAAAUAUAAAAAAAAGGUUUAUCUUGAAAGCUUGCCAAGCGAUUUUUAAAUAGAGCAACAAAUGUUGUGUGUUGACGAGGCUUCAAGUACUGUACAUCACUCAUUACCAAUUUAUAGAAUGUGACCAUUUAUUAGUUUUUUGGAGGGGGGAUUCACCAUUUUAUGGAAUGCAAACAUUGAUUUAUUAUUUUUUUGAGGGGUGAUGAGACAAUCUUGUCUGCUCAAUCCCAGUGACAUUAUUCACCACUUUUUCUUUAUGAUUUUCCUACGAUUUAAAAAGAAAAAUGUGUAUUAACUUCUGAAACCAAUGUAAUGAAUUUUGAAUCUCUUAUAAUAGUGUGUAGAGCAGAUUUAUCCUUGACAUGGUAAGCUUUAAUUAUAAUCAGAUAAUUUCUUGUUUAUUACAUUUCCUUCGGCAGCUAUUGUGAAGUUUUGCUCAUAUUUAUUGUCAAUGUUGUAAGUAAAAUGUUUAUGAACAAUUAAUCUUGUUUUUAGUUGACUGCUUAUAAUGUAAUGUCUAAUAUCAUGUACAUUCUGAUACCAUUAAAAUGCGCAAGAUGAUA